AUGACGCCAUUCACCUUGACGAUAGCAAAUGCGAUCGUUGUGUUUGGGGAUGCCAAAAGCGGCAAGCUGACAAAUAACUACGAUCAUGGCGGCUGGCAGCCAAUUCCAGAAGGUAGUUUCCCCACUCUCGUGAGCAUCAGGGGAAGAGGAAGGGAGCACAUCUGCUUUGGUACUGUUAUCAGAGAGUACUACAUUCUGUCAUCAGCAGAAUGUGUGGAGAUCGUGGGACCCAACCCUAUUGUCAUCAUUGGACUGCAUGGCAGAGAUGACGAUCGCAGCCAGCCCGGCGUGGAGGAGCGACGGGCUGAGAGGGCGUAUGUACAUCCACACUGGAACGGAAAUUUCGAUGAAGGAUAUGACAUCGCCCUGUUCAAGCUUCCGCGACCCGUCGGUGGCCAAUUUCCUUCCAUUGGAGGUCCGAGCACAAAAAUUUCAAACAGAGUGCUGUACGGAUUUGGCCUCAAUGGCGUCGUUCAGGUGGCCGAAUUCGAAGCGAUCGAGGAGGGGCCUUGCCCUCGCCUGUCCACUAUGGGCAACAACAGCUUCUGCAUUCACUCCAAAGGCGCAAAUAUGUAUGCAGGCUGUUCUGGCGGCCCAGUCAUUGUGAUAGAGGGCAAGAAGGACGCGAAUAUUUUCGAAGUGAAGCAGACCGAUAUUGCCGUCGUCGGAGUUGUCUCCUACGCCAAUCAUUCGUCCCUCAGCGACAGCGGAGUGGGGUGCACUCCAACGGAGAAAACUGUUCAGUGGAUCAACAGCAUUACGUCACCAAAG